UCUUUCACAUGCCGCUAUCAUGGAGGAAUCCAUGCGUGCACGUGAUCAGCUUAUUGAGCAAAACAUUGCUUUAGACUUGGCUCGUCGAGAGGCUGAGAAGGCAAUUCAUGCACGGAAUGAUUUCCUUGCUGUAAUGAACCAUGAGAUGUGUACACCAAUGCAUGCAAUUAUUGCGUUGUUCUCACUUCUUUUAGAGACUGAGCUAAGUCCAGAACAAAGAGUUAUGAUUGAGACGGUGCUAAAGAGUAGCAACCUUUUGGCAACACUAAUCAAUCUUUCAAGACUUGAAGAUGGCAGCCUAGAAUUGGACUUUGGGAUGUUUAAUCUUCAUGGAAUCUUCAAAGAGGUCAUUAAUCUGAUAAGGCCCGCUGCAUCUAUAAAGAAGCUGUCUUUGACUAUGAUCCUCGCACCUGAUUUGCCAAUGUAUGCUGUUGGCGAUGAGAAACGGCUUAUGCAAACCAUUUUAAAUAUCGUGGGCAACGCUGUGAAGUUCACAAAGGAGGGUUAUGUUUCAAUUGUAGCGUCAGUUGCAAAACCGGAGUCUUUAAGAGACUGGCGACCUCCAGAAUUUUACCCAGUGUCAAGGCCACUUCUACUUACGAGUCCAGGUUCUUAACUGCUUCCUGUUAAACUUC